GUUUUAAGAGCCAGAGGCCAGAGCUCUUCAUCGACACAGAUGCAGCGGUAUUGACCCCCCUAGUCUUUUCCAUAUCGAGGAGAUGGAUGGGCACCUGAAUAAGAUAUGGUGUCUAUCUUCAACGCUGUUUGAGCACCGUUACGGAAGAGGUUGGACCUAGUGCUGACUGGUGAGUCUGUCUUUGAAGUAAAGCCACGAGAAAAUAUAGCUAUUAUUUCGCUACCUCUGGCAGGUACGGUCGUCGUGUCUAUAUAUAUGAACAUGUGGUUCCAUACUUCCAUAUCCUCGCAUGCAUGUGAGAGCCAUAUAGCUCAGUCUCACUGUCGCCUGCAUGCCCUGCUCUGCUUGUGAGCACCACACGCAUCAAUCACUGGCCAUAACAAGCAGCGAGAGCUCCCUGCAUCCAGCCAUGGCAACCACGACGGCGGUUGGUAGGAAUGGAGAAGGAGAGCAGAAGAGGAGGGAGAAAGGAGGCUUCAAGACCAUGCCAUUCAUACUUGGGAACGACAUCUGCGACCGGUUCGCCACGGCCGGCUUCGGCGCCAACCUGAUCACGUACCUGACGAAGCAGCUGCACCUGCCGCUGGUGGAGGCGUCCAACCUCCUCACAAACUUCGGCGGCACCUCCAGCCUCACAACCAUCCUCGGCGCGCUCGCCGCCGACUCCUUCGCGGGCCGAUUCUGGACCAUCGUCGCCGGCUCCGUCUUCUACCAGCUCGGCAUGCUCGGCCUCGUCGUGUCCGCGCUCCUCCCUUGGCUACGCCCCUCGCCGUGCUCCGCUCCUCCCGGCGGCCCCGAAUGCCACCGCGCCUCCGGGUUGCAGCUCGCCGUGCUGUACCUCUCCCUGCUGUGCACCGCCUUCGGCUCCGGCGGUCUCCGGCCCUGCGUCGUGAUGUUCGGCACCGACCAGUUCGACCACGAGACUAGUGAGAAGCAGGUCACCGCCGAGGCGGCCGAGGCGGUGGCGGAGCGGAAGCGUCGCUACUUCAACCUCUACUUCUUCACGAUGGGGGUAGCGGCGCUGCUGGCGCUGACGGUGGUGGUGUACAUCCAGGACAACGUGGGGUGGGGGUGGGGGUUCGGGAUCCCGGCCAUCGCCAUGUUCGUCUCCAUCGUGGUGUUCGUGAUCGGGUACCCGCUGUACGUCCAGGUCAAGCCGGGGGGCUCCCCGUUCACGCGGCUCGCGCAGGUGGCCGCCGCCGCGUUCAAGAAGCGCAACGCCGCCGUACCGGAGGACACGGGCAUGCUGUACCAGGACAAGGAGCUCGACGUCCUUAUCUCCACCAACGGCAGGCUGCUGCACACCAACCAGCUCACGUUCUUGGACCGGGCAGCUAUAGUAACGCCGGGCGACAUCUCCGCUUCCGGGCAGCCGGAUCUGUGGCGUCUGUCGACGGUGCACCGCGUGGAGGAGCUCAAGUCCAUCGUCCGCAUGCUCCCAAUCUGGUCAGCCGGCAUCAUGCUUUCCACCAUUGAAUCGCACAACGGCACCUUCAUCAUCGUCCAGGCAGGCAGCAUGGACCGGCACAUCACCCGGCACUUCGAGAUACCACCAGCGACCAUGUCGAUCUUCGGGACUGCGGUCUUCCUCGUCAGCUUGGCGCUCUACGACCGCGCGUUCGUGCCCCUGGCACGCCGCGUGACGGGCCUGCAGUCCGGGAUCACCUACUUCCAGCGCAUGGGCGUCGGGCUCGCCAUCCACAUCCUCGGCGUCGCCACGGCCGCGCUCGUGGAGACCAAGCGCCGCCACGCCGCGGCCGACCACGGGCUCCUGGACAAUCCUACCGCCGUCAUCCCGCUCAGCGUGUUCUGGCUGGUGCCGCAGUUCGCCGUCCACGGCGUCGCCGGCGCCUUCUCGUCAGUGGGGCACAUGGAGUUCCUGUACGACCAAGCGCCCGAGAGCAUGCGCAGUACCGCCGCCGCGCUCUUCUGGCUCGCCGGCGCCUUCGGGAACUACCUGGGUACCGUGCUGGUGACGGUGGUGCAGCGCACCACGCGCGCCCGCGGCAACGACUGGCUCCAGGACAACAUCAACCGUGGCAGGAUCGACAACUACUACUGGCUCGUCACCUGCCUCAUGGUGCUUAACCUUGGCUACUUCCUUAUCUGCUUCCGUUUCUACACCAUGAAGCCACUGGAGAUGGCAGACGAACAAGACGAUCAUGACGGAGAAUGUGAGCUCUCCACUCUACAGAAAAAUGAUACCGGUGCUGGAGGUGUGGUGUAAGGUUGUUUUGCAGUCAAUUAAUUAGUGUGGGCUUCAGUAAUUAAUAUAUAUAUAUAUAUACUUGCAAAAAUAUCUGUGCGAUGCUGUGGGACGUAUACCUGCACGACAUGAAGCUCAGAAGAUUUAUUCAA